GUUAUUCUUAGCGCGUCAUGUGUAUAUAAACUCGAACUAGGAUGUAAACACAAACGACGGAAGCAUAACUCUUAGUGAUAUACGAAGAAUAUACGACUAUUGGCGAAGACGUUUUUAAUAUAGAAAAGGGUUCAAGACCAGGCCACCAUGUCAGAGGCGGGAGAUGUCGUAACGGACGGAGGAGAUCCGGCAGGCGCGUCGGCAGGAGCCACUGGACGCAGCUUCAUCGUCGACGAGGCGACGUUUGAGGAACAGUUCCUCCGGUGUCAAAUAUGCCGUGAUAAAUUUGACAACGAAGAACGACCACCGAAAUCUUUACCCUGCAACCAUACCUUCUGUCUUCCAUGUCUGAAGCAGGUGUUUGACCACAGCCAGCCCGCAACCAGACGCGACCGGUCAUGGCUGGAUGAGGGUCUACACGGAGCUUUGAAAUGUCCGCAGUGUAGGGUGGAGAUUUAUUUAAGCCGGGGAGGAAUCGCCCAACUCCCAAAUGACCACAGGGUCAUCCAGAUGAUGGACUUCCUGUCCCAAGCUGUCGCCAAGUCGAAGAAUGUGUGUUCAAAACACGAACGCCAGCCUCUCAAUUUCUUCUGCAAGAAGUGUUUUCUUCCCGUCUGUCGAGACUGCACCGUGCUGGACCACAAGGAACAACAAGGUCACGUCAUUGUCGACGUGAGCGAUGCCGUCAGCGAGAGUUCAGAAGAGUUUGAUACGAUGGAAAACAAGACAAAAGAGAUCCUGGACAAGAUGAAAUCGAGAUGGGAUUCCUUAGCCAACGCAUCUAAACGUCUGGACAUCCUCGAAAGACAUCUUCGAGUUUCAAUCAAAGACACCUUCAUUGAAUAUCGUCUGCUCCUUGAAAGGAGACAGGAAGCCUUGAUAAAGAUGGUGAAAACUCAAGUUAAAGACAAUAAACAAAAGAUCAAUGCUCGAUUUAUCGAAGUCAACGAGUGGGGGACCCAGCUGCAGAAGUUGUAUGACAGCCUGACCCAAUCCCGGGCAUCUAAUGACCUACAGCAGUUGUUUACCAUCAACCAAAAGAUCAAAGAGAAGGAGGGAGAAUUUAACAGCGCAUCUCAGGUCAUCGAUGACGACUUGUUUGUAUCCUGUACGUUUGAAGUCCCAAACGAGGGACAGUUUCUCUCCGAGAUGAGCGGACUUGGGGAAGUUUCAGACAAGCCAGAUCUAACUUUAAAAGAAGCGGUCCCGGCCCAACAGCUUGUGUUGUAUGACAUGGAGGAACAGCGUGAGCGUGAACGCCAGUACGACAGGGAGCGACCCUAUGACUGUGACUCUCUGAUUCCCCCUCACGGGGACCCCGAUCCAGAUUCAUUUGACGAGGAAUUCCUAAGAGCCAUCACAUCCCGUCUGCGGUUGGCACAAACGCGAGAACUGUUAGCCGCAGAAAGUGCCAGCGAUGAUGGCGAGGAUCCACCGGAAAUAUCCGAUUUACCUAUAAGCCAAAUCCUCGCUCAAAGAAGGCCCCGCACAAACAGACGGCCUCUCAGGGACGAUAACUCUACCAUCGAGCAGACGAUACCCCGGGAGCUUCUUGUGCCUCACUCCCCCAACAGGAGUAGGGGGGAUAGGGGAGAGGGGACGAGGGCAGCUCGCGCCAGGAGAAACCAGGACUUCCGAGUCGUCCGCCACCCACGAUUCAGCCAGGGGGAUCAAGGAGAAUCUUGAACCACUCGGCUCAUCUCAGUCCAAUAUAGGACCUCCGCCAACUCUGACAGGAAACCAUAUUGGAUUUCGUGCACGUGACCAUCAAAUGACACAACACAAUCGUGAAAUUAUAGAACUGUUCAAAUUGUGUCCGUUUGUCCUUUUCUGGAAAAAGUGUGUACCAAAUUUCUGUCAGAAUAAUAUGUUUUCAAAAACGCCCGCGUGUAAUACGAACUUCAUGCAGCCAGAUCUGGCAUUACAAGGUUUACAUUGAAUGCUUGCAACACCACUACUCCAUUGCUGCCCUAUGUUAAAAUGAUUGCGGAACCCCAGGGAACCAAAUGAUUGUAUUGUAAAUGGAGAUUCAGAUACUAAGCUUUAGUGUCAAGUCACAUAAAACGUCCAUUCAAGUUUCCGUUUGCAUAGACAUUCACUAAUUUGUCUUGUGACUGCUUACAUGUCGAGUGAUGAAUGUGAGUGACUUUAAUAGCUGUGUUCAAUGUUGAACCCGUCUUUGUUCGUAGUUCUAUAUUGGGAAUGUCAGGAACAGGAGACACCGAAACUGCAGCUGUGUUCAAACUGACAGUUGCAUCUAUUUCC